CAUCAUUAAUUUGUGAGUAUCAGCUCUUAUUCGCCCGGCUAAAGAUGACGGAUAUUAUCUCAAAAAAGGUGGCCCGCACAUGUGACGAGUGUAAGGCUCGCAAAGUCCGCUGUCUCAAAUCUGGCGCUGAGGCUCAAUCACCCUGUCGUAACUGUGUGGCCCGAAAUGCACCAUGUCAUUUCAGCUAUCUUAAACAGCCCCGGAAACGAAAGAUAAUCCCUGAAGGCGGCUCGACUGUAGGAGCUCGUAAUCCUGUUCCAUUGUCAGGGACGUGUGAUGUCCCUACUAGUCAGGAUUCACGAGCAAAUCGAAAUGAGAAAACUGUCUCUGGAGGGUCACAUUAUGGCAGGAAAGACCUAUGUUUAACCUCUCACAUUGGUCAAAUCAAGCAUCAGUUCUUGUCCCCGCUUUACAUUGAUCUUCUUUUGGCAGAUUGCCGAGCACCUGCGGCUCAUAAAAAUGAAACUUCUUCAACCAAGCUCACAGAAAUUUUUGGGCACAGCUCCAACCUGUCCUUCUUUUCUACCAGCAGAGUUCGGUCAUUGAACAGUCGACUCGGGCAUACAAAGCUGAACCAAUUAAUGCAUCGAAUUGAUUCAGUUUUAAGCUCAAGGUUGAACAAAAGCCCAAGCCAAAUGACUCAGUUGUACUCUUUGCGCCAAUCAGAUAGGGUUCCACCCUCUAUCGCAGGGCCGUUGACAGCCUCCUACAUCAGGUCAUACUUUGAACAGGUCCAUCCAAUAUAUCCCUUUCUAGAGCGACAAUCCUUUGAAAAGAGAGCAUUCGAACCCAUGUCACAGUCUUCGGUGACGGUAGAUGAAGUUUGGUCGGCACUAUAUCAUACCGUCUUGGCCAUUGGUUGUCAAUACAAUGAUGGUGGAAGUUUCGACCCGGGAUGCGGGCAGGCAUGGAAGCUCUUCGAAGUUGCGCUUUCUUAUUUUCCGGACAUUGUGAUGAUGAAAGGGUCAUUGAUGGCUGUGCAGGCUUUGACUGCAAUGGCCAUCUUCUCAUCAACUGUGUCCGCAUAUCAUUUCGAAUCAUUGCUAGUUACGGAAGCAGCGAAACUGAGCCAAAGCAUGGGUUACAACAAGAUUACAAGCACUAUCCCAAAUCCCAAUGAGAAUGAACGGCGUCGGGUGUUUUGGGUGGUAUACUGUCUCGAGAAAUCUUCCUGCUUUAUCACAGGAAGAGCUUCGACCCUUAUGGACUCCGAUAUUGGAUGUCCGAUCCCGUAUGUUUCCGAAUCCACAUUUGGAAGUUACAAUUGGCUUCUCUCGUUUGCUAGAUAUGCUAGGCUGGUUUCGCGGAUAUAUAGCAGUCUAUUCAGUGUGAGCUCAGGAGAACAUACAGCCAGUACCUACCAUACUUCGAUUCGACAGCUCAAUGAUGAGCUGGAAGCGUGGCGAGUGUCAAUCCCACUACAGUACCGGCCUCGCGAGCAGCUUUCUGGACGUGGUUUACCGGGAACGCUAGAGAUUUUCAUCGCUGUCAGCACACAAUACUUGUAUUUCAACGCUUUACUUACUCUAUUACGAAUUUCACUUCACGUUGGAGUGGGUGAUAUGGCAACAGCACCUGAUCAGCAGGAGACCAAGAAGCAACUGAUGAAAACAGCGUGCUUGAUAUUAGAUUUGACAAAGUAUAUUGAAGUGGCCCCUUAUGCUUCAAUGUGGAUCAUGGCUUUGAUGCCAAUAUCAGCCCUUUUCAUCCUCUUCGACCUUGUCGUGCACAAUCCAACCCAUCCAGAAACCAAUAACAACCUAGCGCUCCUCGACGUUGCAAGUGGUCACUUCGGUCGUAUCGAGUACGCAAGUCGCGGAACCCUGCCAGGUUCUCUCGUUUCUGAGUUCGCGCAUAUUGCACGGGAGUAUGUGCGAGGUGUGCAAAGAGAACGCCUUCCAAAAAGCCGACAUAAUGAGAAUAAUAACAAACAGCAUGAGAAUAUCGACCUGACAUCCAGCCCCCUGAUACAAAGUAAAGAAGCGGUAACAAAUUACAAUGGCAUCUCUUCUGAACAAUACUUACAACAGACCCCUCGAUGCGAAAUACUGGGUCAAGUGAUUUCUGGUAGCGGUUCACACAUUUCACAGCCGAUAGAUGCGAUAAAAGUUCCACCAGAAACACCAACAUCAAUGCCUUUCACAGCUCCUCCAGAGCAGAAGAAUCAACUUUUAAAUGCACAGCAACUACCAACUACUUAUUCAGCCCCUCAUCACCCGUUUGUCAUGCACAAUCAGGCAGUCAGUACCAGAUCCGAAGCCGAAACGGAAACGAUCUUCUUCCCUCUCGUUGAUGAUCCUACAUAUCUUAUACCCGGAGAUGAAGAGAUGCAGCAGCUUCUGGGAAUCGAUGUGAUGGACCUAUUUGACUUUGCAAAUUCAUCGGCCAGUGGACUCGAUAGGAGGUAAAUGGCAGAAAAACUAGCUACCUUGUUGCUUUUGUUUAAGUAUUUGAAAUACCAAUACUGACCCAUAUUCAUCUAAUAUUAAUGUCUAUUUUCAUGUUAUUUUAGUUCUUCUCGUUGUUACGGAAAGUUGGAACAGAAAUUAUUGAAUAAUAAGUAAAGCCGUAUCCCAAUUUUUUCACCCGGGUAAGAACAAAAUCUAUCAUAACAUGUAUACGCCAUGUUAUAUAGAUCGUCAGAUAGUGUUACCGUGUAUAUACAGCAGCACCUUGCAAAGAAAUCCCAUCUAUCUACG